AUGAUGUACACAAUUACCAGAGGUCCCAGCAAACUUGUUACACAACGAAGGACAGGUCCCACGCAGCAGGUAGAAAGCAAGUUCAGCGAUUUGAAACUAAAGCCCACGUCUUGGUUGACCUCAAACUAUCCUCCUUCAAACAUUGUGUUCCAUCGCCUCAACGGGAAACGUUACAACGGAGCAGCUCCACAUAAGAGUGAUGGUUCGGCUGAAAGCUUCACUCCGGCACAUGAAGAAAAUGUCAAAUUUGUCUUUGAAGCGUGGCAAGAUGUGGAGCAAAAACUUGAAAAUGGUGCAGACGUGACAGACCACAAAGGCCCAGUGCAGUAUGCUGAGAGGACCCCAAGUGCAGCAAUGAAGAAUUUUGUGCCCAUUGAUCUGGAGGAGUGGUGGGCCCAGCGCUUCCUGGCUAACAUUGCGAACCUGACCUGA